CAGCGUCAACUCGAAUCACUUAGCCUGUACGUCGGAACUUCUUCAACACACAAUAUCCUCCUGAUCAAAAGCUAUCAAACGAGUCAGCCUGCAACGACAGUUAAAAUCACACCUAGAGCGAAAACUCAGACAUAACAUGAUCCUGCUUAUAGGAGCUUUGUCCGCUGGGGGCAGAUCCCACAAGAGCACCAUGCGGCAGGACAUCAAGAGCAAACUUCUGAUGAUACUUUGCAAUUAUGCCUGCUUCACUUUUUUGACGACAACAACGGUUUUUUCAUACCCCGGCGUUGGCUCUACUGUUGCACAAGUGGCUGAAGACUCAAGUCGUCUCAACCAUGCUCAAUCAGCCGAAAGUCUUCGUGACUUAGCAGAUCCGAAAAACGGCGAAAUUCUAAAGGAUGGAAAGCUUCCGGAGAGUCACCCAAAGUCCGAUCCGUUGUGGGAACGACCUGAAGCCUGGGAUAAGCAACGGAUUGAUCACAAGGAUCGGAUUGCAAGUUGGGAGAAACAAAACAUCAAGAAUUUUGGAUAUCGAACAGUGGCUCUCGACUACAUGCGUCACUCGGAAGACUCGAACCUCCCAUUAUAUUUGGAAGCCUUAAGGGCAGCCGAGCAGGAGGUGAAAUCGGAACGCUGGUGGUUCAAGUUCAUCAAUUUCUUCCGCUCAAUCUUCAAACGACGUGAAUGGAAAAAACAAACAGCUUCACUAAGGUUGAGAGCCUUAAGGAGAAAGUUCGCAGCGGAAGAUCUCAAGAAAGUCGCCCGCCAUUUCGAGCAAGAGUCGAGAAUCGUAGUCAACCGGUUGACGAUUCUUGAAAAUAGAGGCUUCGAGUUUUCGGAUGGAGAGCUUCGACUGAUUAAGCUGCUGGCCCAUGGUGACAUCGAUCCCAUCAAACAUAUAGAAAGCCUCAGUUUGAUGCACGAAAUCAGUAACGAGACAGUUGCUCAGCGGAAGCUUCGGCCAAUCCAGCAGUUGGAGACGGCCUAUUCCGCUGCUUUGAAGGACGCUUCCGACAAGCAAAACAUCCUCCCAAUCAUGGGCGCAUUAAAACAGCUUCGAAAAGUCAUAACACAGGGAGAAAAAUGGUCGAAUGAUAAAACACAACUCGUAAAAAAUUUGGAGAAGUUGAUCAGAAACAAGCAAAAGUUCGGCACAAGCUUGGUCCCGGAUAAGAAAACAACUGCGUUAAUGGAAAAGCUUUUCCAUGAAACGUAUCCUUGAAUGAAGGCACUCAAACCCUCAAAAAAAACAAGCAUCCAAUGUCUGCAUAUGUAUAUGUCUAUCAUUUCCAGAUUGAGACUCUCCCCUUAUUUUCACUGGGCUCAGGCUCAGAUCUUCUUCGAUUGUACAAAUAUUCAUUCUUUUUCUUCUUCUUUUCUUCACUGGUUUCAUGCUAUUUAUCAGGAAACUCUUACAGACUAAUACAAGUCAUAUUCAUAAAUGUAUUUAUCAUUUCCACUUCAAUACUUUCCUCUUUUUCACAAAUCUCAGGCUCAGCUCUUCCUUUAUUGGAUUUCUUUUCUCCUCUACUUUCUUCACCAAUCUCUUGUUACCUAUCUAUAUCUAGUCAAGCAUUUUUUUCCCUAUCUUAUAGCUAUCAUUCUCUGCCUGAUUGUAUAACUUCUCUCCUA